AUGGUUCUGACCGCUGCUCAGGAUGAGUGCUAUGUUCUCAAGAAGUCCUCAUCCUGCCCCCGUGGUUGGACUGAGUACAACAACCAAUGUUACUUCUAUGUUUCUACACCCUUAGCCUGGGGUGAUGCUCAGAAAAACUGCCAGUCCAUGAGUGCAAACCUUGCAUCUGUACAGAGCCUUACGGAAUACCAGCUGAUUCAGAGGGUGAUAUUUGAUGGGAGUAGAGCUAAUGGACGAACAUGGAUUGGUGGUUCUGAUGGUCAACAGCGCAGUUCCCCUACGCCAUCACACCUCCUCCAGGCUUCCCAGUGGGAACCGGGCAUGUAG